AUUGAAUUUAUUGUGCGCGCCGAUCUAUCUAUCGGUCUAUCGAUCGCACGCCUUUAUAACUUGCAGUGUUCCUCUACAACUCUGUUGAGAUCCAUAUUCCUCUCACCAACGUGGUUGGAAAGGCGGAUAUUUUCCCCCUCCUCUUCUAUCUGGAAGCGAAAUUCUCUUACACAAUUUACGGAGAUUAAAUAACCCAGUUGAUGGUCGGGAGACUGCCAACACUGGCUGACAGAAAAAUGUGGAUCUAUGUAUAAUUUUUAUUUCAAUUUUAUAUUUUAAAAAAAAAAAAACUAAAACAAAAAUAUCAGAUAAUUUUCUAUAAUAUUCACAAUUACUAUUUCUACUACUACUAUUACUAGUAAAAUGUUCAGUUAUUUGUUUUCUAAACAUGCGCAAAUCCGAUAGACCAUCUGGUCUAACAUACCGUCGAGUACAAUCACUCGAAUCUGGUAUGGUAGCUAGAUACAGGCCUCUUAUAGCCAAUUUAAACAACAACAACAGCAACGAUACCACUAGCAACACUGCAACCACUAAUACCACGGCAACGGCAAAUAAAAAGCGAGUUUCUGAUACUGCAAACACUGCACGAGGAAAUUCUGCAACAAUUAAAGACAGACUAUUUUCACGUCAAGUUAAUCAACGUGGCAUAGAUCAACAAACACAACAACAACAACAAAAUUUGUCUGUAACAAAGAAGAGUGGGGCAUCAUCAUCAGUAAAUGUACACACGAAAUCUGGUUCCUUUGAGUGGAUAUCAUAUCUUAAAGAAGUUGACGCAGAUCCUGUUCAGUCUUCUGUAUUUUUCCAUGUUCCUUUUGAAGUCCAGAUUCCAUCACCAUCGAUUCUUCCAGCACAACAUGCAAUACCUGAUGGAAAUUUUGAACCUGGUCAGUAUUUAGAAGGUAUUGAUCCACACAAUGAAAGUUUGAUUUGUGUUCUAUGCGUUGCAGAAUUGGUAGGCAGACGUGUUAAACUACAUUUUGUUGGUUAUCCAGAGAAAUAUGAUUUUUGGACAACAGUCGACUCGCCUUUCUUAUUCCCUGUUGGUUGGUGUGCUCAUAACAGUCGUCAACUUCAACCGCCUAAGGAAUAUCUUGAUGCACCAUCAUAUCAUCCAUUCAAUUGGACAAGUUAUUUAGCUAAACAUGGAGGUAAACCAGUUCCUCGUCAUUUGUUCAGAGUAUCAUGGGAUUCACCUAUUGAUGCAUCACCGUCUCAUAUGUUUGCCGUUGGAUUGAAAUUGGAGGCCAUAGAUAAACGAAAUCCUGCCUUGGCUUGUGUAGCUACAAUCAAAGAUUGUAUCGGAGAUUAUGUCCUUAUACAUUUCGAUGGUUGGGAUUCAGGUUUCGAUCAAUGGGCUCAUGUAUCCUCUGAACUUUUACAUCCUGUUGGUUACUGUGAAAAUCAUGACCAAGUUUUAUCGAUACCCAGUGAUUGGAGUAAUCGUCGUAACGGGUUUAAUUGGAAGCUUUACUUAAAAGAGACAAAUUCAAAUCCUGUACCUAAAGAAGCAUUCGAUGAAGCUACAAAAUUUGCCAAAUCAUCUCAACACUUCCAGGUUAACCAACGUCUAGAAGCUGUGGACAAACGGUGUCCAUCACUAAUUCGUGUUGCCAAUGUUGUAGACAACACGCCACCAGGAUUUCUUACCCUUGGAUAUGACGGUUGGUCUGAUAAAUACAAUAUACGCGUAGAGGUGGGCUCUCUUGAUUUAUUCCCUGUUGGAUAUUGUCAUGCUUCAGGACAUCCUCUACAAGUUCCGCCAGGAUAUGAUUCUGAAUUAGACUUAAAUGGUAAUCUAAUGGACACCUAUUCUAAUUCUUCUACAAGUUCUAUCAUCAGUUGCAGUGGUGGUGGCACUGGCGGUGGUACUACAACUUCAACAGCAAAUCCAUAUGGUGGAUGUCCAACACCUGGAUGUAAAGGUUAUGGAAAUAUUAAAGGACCAAGAUAUGUAUCGCAUCAGCGUCUUUCAGGCUGUCCUUAUGCUGAUGGUAAUUUAAAAAAAGAUUCUAUUAAAGCACAUGAACGUUUAAAUUCAACAAAUAUCAUACUAACAUCAAAUUCAUCUAUUUCUAUGGAUUCAGAAACUAUUGAUUCUGAUAGUGCAACUACUACUACUAAUACUACUACUACUAUAACAACAACAUCAUCGUCAAUUUCUAUUAAUACAGUAUCAUUACAGGAUCCUAUCUCAGGUCAUCAACGUCUUUCACCUGAUUCUACAGUGAAAAGUGAAUUAUCUUCUUCUACUUCUUCGGCUUCUCCGUCUUCUGCUUCUUCUUCUUCGUCUUCAUCUUUAAAUCCCAUACCAACUAGUGUUACAUGUCCUUGUUCAGAGAUAAAAGUGUCAACUUCUAUGUGUUGUACUUCUGUAGCGACACUACAAUUAACUAAUUGUAACACUAAUAGUAAUACUACAACAUCAUCUGAUUGUUGUUUCUCAACUGUGAUGAAUAAUCCUCAUUUAACUAGUAGUUCUGUUGUACCUGCACAGACUACCAUUACAACCACUACUCCUACUACUACUACUACUAUGCCUCCUAUUAUCCUUCCAUCAAAUGAACUGCCUCAACCUCAAUCUAGUGCUUUACCUUUGAAUUUAACAGUGGAUAAACUUCCAGAUAUUUCGGAAUUAUCGAAUGCAUUGUCGUCUCCUACAGACACUGCUACCACUACUACUACUACUGUAGGUGUUAAUAAUAACUCUGCAUCUAAGUGUGAAAACUCAAAUCACUCAGCUGAAAUGUCAACAAAUCCUACGGUGUUAUCAAAUGAACAGCCUUCAACUAAUAUUAUUGCAUCUAUAACUACAAAGCCAGACAUGGAAAUGGUAAUUGAUUCAAUACAACCACAAAAAUUAAGCAAAAUGGAUACGAAUACUAGUCUAGAAAACAUAUCAUCAUCACCACCUGUGAAUCUUUUACCUCAGACUACAGAUCAGUCUGAUGAAUACAUGAAAAGUCUUGUCUCCCCUGUACCACCAAUUAAACGUAAACGUGGUCGACCAAGAAAGUAUGCAUCAUCUGGACAAGUCCAUCAUCCUUCUCUACAACAUUCACGUCAUAUGCAUCAUUUCACUUCUCUGGGAUCUACUGGACGAUAUUCCUAUGUGACCAGUCAGUAUUAUACGCGUUCUUCGUCGACAGUUCCUAUGUCAACAGUGUCACUUACGCCUGCAUUAUCUCUCUGUAGUAAUAUGAAUAUGACUGUCAAUUCUCAUCAAUCCAUAGUAGACUGUCAAAAUGUGAAUAGUCUACUCUCGCAUAACUUAGAAACUAAUAAUAACAAUAAUCAUAAUUCUAAAAACAUUGAUGUAUUUAGGUCGGCUACAUGCAGUUCAGAGCCAAGUCCAUCAGACAGUAUCUUAACCAAUGCAUGUGUAAGUUCCAGUAUGAAUUACAUGGAAGUAGAUCGACUGAAACCACCAGGUUAUGAGAUCAUUGGACAUUCUUCUUCUUCUAUAUUUCCUGUAAUGAAUGAUUCAACUGUCGGUUGUUCUCCUAACAGUGCAAAGUUAACUCAGGAAAUAACUCCUGUUGACCUGUGCUCGAAUCCUUCUCCGCAUCUGACAGUUAUAAACUCCUCACCAGGUAUGAAUUGUAAUCCUUCAAACAACAACAACAACAAUUUUCUUCCUUCACAGUCUAUGAUGAUGGAAACAUCAAAUCCUGCAUGGUAUCCUGAUGCUGCCAUCAACGAUAGAUCAUUUAUACCUCCAAUGUGUCAUAAUCCUCUUCUCUCUUCUCCCUUCUAUAUUGAUCCAAACAGAUCAGCGUGUUUCUUACCCAUUUUCGAAGCGUCUGCUUCAUCAUCAAAUUAUAUGAAUACUCCAGUGAAUAGUUUGAAUUCGCCGAGCGUGCGAGAUGUUGAUUUAAUAAUGGGUAGAUUGUUGCCACAGGCAGGAGCAGCGAUUCAUGCAGCUAAAGUUGCUGGUCUCUCUGGACCGCAUUCGUGGAAUCCGAAUGUUGUAGCUAGUUUCAUUGCUACACUGCCUGGAUGUAAACAGUUCGCGUGUAAAUUCAUUGAGAAUGAAAUUGAUGGAGCUGCCCUACUCUGUCUUGAACAACACGAUCUAAUGAAUGUACUUGGCAUGAAAUUAGGUCCUGCUGUCAAGGUUUACACUGCAAUUCAAACCCUACGUAAAAGUCUUCUAGCUACACCGAUAUCAGAACUUGGUGCAGAACACGCGAAUGCAAUCGCUGCAGUUGUAUCCUGUUUCACGAACAACAACAACACGAGCUUAUCUUCACCACAAAUUGGUUCUGGUGGUGCUGGUGCUGGUGUCAGUCUAUCGGUAAUCAGUGAUUCACAGUCCGUUGUAAACGGAUCUAGUGUAGAUACUUCAUUAUCUAAUACUUGAUAUAUUCUAUUUUCACUCACUAACUCGCUCACCCACUCACACAUUGUUCUGUUUCAAGAAAAUAAUAAUAACCCCGCCUGCUCGACAUUCCUUCAUUCCUGAAUGUGUAUAGAGUACACUGUCUCCUGCUGCUGCUACGGAAGUCUAGUUUGUCAAACAGAUAGACAGAUAAAUAGAAUCUAAAAUAAUAAAAAGCUAAGUGUUCCUCUUGUGUCAGUUUUUGGUGUAUUUUUCUGUGUUCUUACUCUGUGCUUUCUUCUGGCUUUUUUGUGUGUUUUACAUAUAUAUGUAUUUUAUAUAUAUUCAAUCUUGAGAAUACCUCUCAUCCAGUUGUGUAGGGAUAUUAGUGAUACAGAUUAUUAUUAUUAUUGUUAGUAGUAGUAGUAUUAGUGAUAGGUAGUCAGCGCAUGCCUUGGUUGUGUGAGUGAUGUGCGCCUUUGCUUUAGCUCCUUCCUCCUCUCCAUCUUCUUCACACGAAUCUAUUACCAAGAUGUAUGUCCUCUACUCUCUUUUUAGUUCAUAUUUAUGUAUUUACUUACUUAUUUAUGUAUUAUUAAUAUUACUAAUAAUAAUUGUAGUAGUCGCAUAUUAAUACACACAGUGUGCCUUGACGCUGAAAGACGAAUAGUAAUCACAAUGAUUAGAUUAACUUAUUUUAUUUGGACACAUGUCUGCCUACUCCAUUUUUAUUCCCUGUCGUUCUCGUUCACUCACUCACUCACUUAGUCAGUCAGUCGCUUUCUGUUCUACUUCGAUGAUGCAAUGCACAUCGAGAGAGAGAGUUGGCGAGAGAUAAACGCGGUGGAGGUGGUGAGAAAGUCCUUUUUGUUUCAAUCGGAUACCUGUUUUUCUUCGUUAACUUCGCUAAUUAUCACUGCACGCGGUUUCUGUAUGCUUGUUCUCCACUCUGGCAUUAUUAGUUUUUACCUCACAGUUUUUUCAUAGAAUUUUUAAAGGCAUCACUAAUAACAUGUAUGUGACUUUUUUUAAUCAAUUUUUAUCAAUAUUCCCCUCUUCUUAUUACAAGCAAUUAUUAUUGUUAUUAUGGAUGUCGAGCUCUGUGCACGGAUUUUUUAUCCUGUCCUCAUCGUUAUUAUUAUUAAUAUUAUUAUUAUUAUUACUAUUAUUAUUAUUAU